AGCCGGAGCCGCAGCCAGAGCGCGGGCAGCGCGGAGCGGGCGGCGGGAAGGCAGCCGUGUCCGGCGGCCCGCCGCCCCCGCUAGGCCCCAGACCCGCACACCCGCCGGGCCGGGGAGAGGCCGGGACCGAGCGCAGGCGAGGACCCGCCGCCCUGCCCGGGAGGAGUCCCAGGGCGUGGACUGGCUGGCUCGGGUCCGAGGUGAGGCUAGGCGCAGGACGCGCCCGCCGGAGGCGCGGCCCCGCGAGCCCACCCGGGUCUGGGGUCCUCUAAGGAGGCUGACGACCGAGGAGGUAUCCGCCGGGAGCCAGCGCUAGGACGGCAGGGCGGGCUUGAUCCCUACGGGCGCGGGCGAGCGGGCCCGGAGCGCGGCGGGAGGGAGCCGCGCCGCGCCGCCAUGCGCCGGGUGCUGUAGCCGAAGGCGCGGGCCCGAUGGAGCGGGCCUGGGCGCAGGGGCUGCGCGGAGGCCGCGGCCCGCCGGCGCUCGGGCUCGCGCUCGGGCUGGCUCUGCUGCUGGCGCGGCCGCCGUCGGGCAGCGCGGGGUCCCCCGAGGCGCAGGAGCCGGCGGCACCCGGCACGGCGGCCCCGGCCGGGGGCGACCGCUGCCGCGGCUACUACGACGUGAUGGGGCAGUGGGACCCGCCCUUCAACUGCAGCUCGGGCGCCUACAACUUCUGCUGCGGCACGUGCGGCUACCGCUUCUGCUGCCACGACGGGCCGCGGCGCCUUGACCAGAGCCGCUGCUCCAACUACGACACGCCGGCCUGGGUUCAGACUGGUCGGCCUCCCGCGCGUGCCCGCGACGCCACGGUGCCCCGGGACCCGGGCCGCGAACGCAGCCACACGGUCGUCUACGCGGUGUGUGGCGUCGCCGCCCUGUUCGUGCUGGCCGGCAUCGGGGCGCGCCUGGGCCUGGAGAGGGCGCACAUACCGCGCGCGCGGCGCACCGUGACCAGGACACUGACAGAACUUCUGAAGCAGCCUGGCCCCCAGGAGCCACUGCCUCCACCUCUGGACCCACCUCUGGGUAGCUGUGUCCAGCUGCAGAUGGGCGAUGGCCUCCCCCGGGGCUCCCUCCACAAGAGCACAGACAAGAAACGCCCCAUCAACGUGCCCCUGGCUUCGGCGACAGCGGGCCCCCCGCGCGCCCCGAGGCUGCAGGGCGGCGGCAGCCUGACGAGGCAGCCGGACUACGCCAAGUACGCCACCCUAAAGGCAGCCGCGCUCAAGGCCGCAGAGGCCUCCCCGCGGGACUUCUACCAGCGUUUUCCCGCGACUGAAGCUGCCCCGCCGACCCUCCCGGCACGAGCCCGGAGGCCCCCCGAGGACUUGCCUGCACUGCUCGACGCCUGCCCCUGGGCCCCGCCGGGCUACGUGCCCCCCGCCGGCCCCACCCCAUCGGGCCACUACAAGGCCUGGACGGACGGCCGCCCGGCCCAGCCCGCCCCCCGCGGCCACCUGGCGGCUCAUGCCUCCUCAGCGCCCCGGAGGCCCGGCGACGCACCCCGGCGCCAGUUCAGCGUGGAGAAGCUGCCCGAGGCCUUCAGCCCGCAGCCCCCUGGCCUUUAUGGCCGCGCCAGCCGCGGACCCAGGCACCUGAGCACCAACAGCAAAGCCGAGAUCACCGUGUGAAGAAGGGGCCGCUGGUUCUGAGGCACUGCACUGCCAGGAGCCCUCUUCUGCCUGGGGGACUCGCCAUGGGCUUGAUCGGGGGGCCAGGCUACCGGAAGGAGGGGUGCUGGCCAUGAAGGCCAGCCCACUGGACUAGGAGCCUCGGAGCCUGCAGGGCUCCUGGGCCCACUUGGGUAAAGCCAGUGGUUCUGUCCUGGGGGCCUUAGGGCCCGGGUUCCUUGUGUAAAUAAACCCUUUUCUGUGACUCCCAACCCUGAGAAUAAAGGAGCCCCAGCUUGGCUCUGCGAGGCA